AUGGCUGCCUUCCAAGAAGAUGGAGAGGGUGUUAUGGCUUUAACUCAAGAAAAAGAGGAGGGUGCUAUGGGCGAGGCCGACAAGGACGACGGAGACAAAGCGCUUGAAGGUCCAAAUGGACUCAACACCUCAAGCCUCGACGCCGUUAAUUCCCAUUCUGACAACCAGUGUGCCACGCUCGACCAGCAUUCUUCACUCGGCGAACAAUCCCACAACGACAAUGAGGAUUCUGCCCCGGACCAGCAUCAGUCGCUUGGCGACCAGUCUGAGCAACCUUCGACCAAUGAGCCUAGGGCUCCGCCGAACAACGAAACGGAUGCGGAUCUUUCUCCUUUUUUUGCAGAAGCGUACCAUGAGCCCAUCGAUAGUUACAAUGGGGAAGAUGUCAGCAGCCAAGCGGCGCUGGAUGGUAGAGUUACCAAAGAUGGGAACAAUCCGUACGAAGUUGACCUCGACUGGUACGAGCUCUAA